AAGCGUAACGUACAACCAUGAAGCGGCACAUCUUUCUUUAUAAAGACUGUAUCAGGGUUUCAUCAUGUGUCACCUAAUCGUAUUUUCUCUCUCUAGUUUUCGCCGCCUCUCUCUCUCUAGAAAUCAACAUGGCUCGCAGAAGCUCCGGUGGAAGAUCAGCCCGCGCACCAGCUCGUGCUCCAGCACGCAGUGCACCAGCACCAGCGCCAGUCAACCGUGCUCCUCCUCCCGCCCCUGUUCAGAGUAGCAGUGGUGGAUCGAUGCUUGGAGGCAUUGGUUCAACCAUAGCCCAAGGUAUGGCUUUUGGUACUGGAAGUGCUGUUGCUCACAGGGCUGUGGAUGCUAUAGUGGGUCCUCGCACAAUUCAGCAUGAGACAGUUGCUGCUGCGGCUCCUGAAGCCGCUGCCACAAGCAGCUCUUUCUCUGAUGCUUGUGGCAUGCACUCCAAGGCAUUCCAAGAUUGCAUUAACAGCUCUGGAAGUGACAUCAGCAAGUGCCAGUUCUACAUGGAUAUGCUUGCGGAGUGCAGGAGGAGCUCAGGUCUCGCUGUCUGAUUAAGCUGUGAUCUCACUUUUUUACGGCAUGCUGAAACUAUUAUUGAUUCAACUUUUCGGGUAUUGGUACCUUCAUUGCCUGGAUGUUGAUGAACUAUUUGUUUGUUAGUUCGGGUUAUGAACUAUGAAUACUUUGAUGGCCAAUAAAAGACAAUGAUGUUGAUGAUAAUCAUCUCCUCAGUUUUCUAGUUGAAUAUGCUUUGAAAUUUGAAUCAUGCACUUGAUAACUUGCAUGCAAAAACAUAUGUUAUCAUCUCCAUAUGAUGUCUGUUUUGUCCUUUACUUUGUAUGAUGUUAUGUGAAGGUCCAUACUUGGUCUUUUUUUAUGUGAUAAUAAAAUGUAUUUGGGUGUUC